CCCCCUCUGGGAAGUGAGGAGCGCCUCUGCCUGGCCGCCACCCCAUCUGGGAAGUGAGGAGCGCCUCUGCACGGCCGCCCUGUCUGGGAGGUGUACCCAACAGCUCCGAAGAGACAGCGACCAUCGGGAGCCGGCCAUGAGGACGAUGGCAGUUUUGUUGAAAAGAAGGGGGGAAAGUAUGGGGAAAGGAAGGAGAGAUCAGAUUGUUGCUCUGUCUGUGUAGAAAGAGGUGGGCAUAGGAGACUCCAUUUUGUUCUGACUAGGAGAGAUUCUUCUGCCUUGGGAUGCUGUUGAUCUAUGGCCUUUCCCCCAGCCCCAUGCUCUCUGAAGCAUGUGCUGUGUCAACUCAGGGUUAAAUGGACUAAGGGCGGUGCAAGAUGUGCUUUGUUAAACAGAUGCUUGAAGGCAGCAUGCUCUUUAAGAGUCAUCACCACUCCCUAAUCUCAAGUACCCAGGGACACAAACACUGCAGAAGGCCGCAGGGACCUCUGCCUAGGAAAACCAGAGACCUUUGUUCAUGUGUUUAUCUCCUGACCUUCUCUCCACUAUUAUCCUAUGACCCUGCCAUAUCCCCCUCUCCAAGAAACACCCAAGAAUCAUCAAUAAAUACUUCAUAAGAAAAAAAAAAAAGUAAGGUGGGAAGGGAGAAGAAAGUGAGUGGUAAUCAGGCAGGAUUUGAUGAAAAAAAAAAAAAUCCCACAGCAGCCAUAAAAUCCAAUCUUAGGAAGCACUUAAAUGAGAAGUUUUGGCACUUAAUGAAGAAAACUGCAAAACUUAUAUAGGAUGACUGUUAUUUGAACUAUCAGUUCUCAGAUUGGUUUAUAAAUUCUAAGACAAAUUCGUUAAAAAUUGUAGAGUUUUUUUGGCUGGAUCUUGAGAGAAUUCUAAGUUUUAAGUAAAAAACUAGCAAGAGUAGCUAAAUUUUUUGUAAAUGAAAAGAAAAAAGUGACAUCCUACUGAUGAAAGAGACACUAAAACUUAUCACAGUUACAGUAAUGUGGUAGAAUUCUGAUGCAAGAAUGGUACAGAUGAAUGUAGCAGAAGAGAUAGAUACUUCCGCAUAACAACAAACAGGUGCCAGGCUCUCUUCUAAGCACUUUACAUAUCUCAAUACACUUCAUUCUCAAAACAACCCCCAAGUAUAUUAGCAUCAACACUUUACAAGUGAGGACUCUGAGGCAUAAAUAGAUGAAGGAACUCAAAGUCACAGACUCAGAUUUCUUAAGAAACCUCAGGGUCACAGAACAAGUAACAGAGCAGAGCUGAAAUUUUAAUUCAGGGAGUCUCGUUCCAGAUCUAUUGUUUCAUCAACUAAGCUAUACCAUCUCAGUAAAGUUUGAAACAGAAACCAAUGAAGAAAGACAUUCCUUCUAAGGAAUUAGGUUUUUAUUUCACUCCACAUAGCAAAAUGUAUUCUGGAUGGGUUAAAAAAUUUUGUGAAAAAUAUUUUUAAAAAACCUGAAGUGAAGUACUUGAUCUUUUUUUUAACUGACUUCUGGAUACAAAAGACUUUUUCAAACUUUAGAUACUAAAUUUAGGCCAGGUGCAGUUGCUCACGCCUGUAAUUGUAGCACUUUGGGAGGCCAAGGUGGGUGAGUCACUUGAGGCCAGGAGUUUGAGAUCAGCCUGGCCAACACAGCGAAACCCUGUCUCUACAAAAUAUACAAAAUUUAGCUGGGCAUGGUGGCACACACACUCAUGGUGACUGUAGUCCUAGCUACUCGGAUGGCCGAGGCACGAGAAUCACUUGAACCUGGAAGGUGGCAGUUGCAGUGAGCGGAGAUUGUACCACUGCACCCCUACCUAAAGUAUUUUAACAAAUUACAAAGGAAAAGAUUGAUAGAUUUAACUACUUGAAAUUGAUAUGUCUGGUCUACCUCUGGAAGAAAUUAAUAGAUUAUAGGGUCUCUUAAAAUGUAAAGAAGCAAGUUCCUCAUGUAACUUGCUCUUAUGAAGAAGCCCAUAUAUAAAUUUUAAAUGGGUUUUUUAAUGGAUUUAUAAGAUCUUUAUAUAUAAGCAUACUAAUUCUUUGUCAUGUAUAAAUUUAAAUUUUCAAAUUUCAUUACCAUAUUUUCAUAUGUAAUAUAAACUUACGUAUAAAAAUGUGACAGGAUUUAAGGUAGAACCAGAGGUGCUGAAAUGCUUAUUAAUGUUUAUCACUUUAAAAAACACAUAUACCUAUGCUCUAUUAGGUUCUUCAGGAUGCAUCAUUAUAAAGAUACUGAGUAAUUUUUGGAGUUUGUUAAUUUGGCUAGUUUUUUAGUGUUCAUAUCACUUGUAAUAACUUGUAUCGGUUUAUUAAAAGAUCUGAACACACAGGAGUUCUAGAGGGACAAUAAUUUGUAAUUAUUCAGAUGUUUAGAAGUGUCUACCCUGCAUAAGGAAAGUAGACUCUUGUAUGCAUGGCAUUCGUUUUUGUUCCAAGACUCCCCUUAGGAAUAAUACUUGAUUAAAAUCAGAAUUUCCCAAAGGGAGCCAUUAUUUAUUAUGCCUUGGCAUAGCAAUUCAGUUUUUACAGCUAUUGACAGCAAUUGGAACCAGAAUGAGUAAAAAUGAAGAAGGCCAGAUAGAGACUAAGAGGAUAAAUAUCUCUGAUUUCUAGAGGAGCCUACCCAAAUACUAAACAAGCACAGAAUCUUCUUUCUAUGGAAAAGAAAAGACCCUAGUGAUACCUCAACCCUGUAUGCAUGUGUGCCAAGAAGUAGCAAACUCAUAAAUAAACAUAGAAAAACAUACGUUGGAAGGCCAUAGCUUGAGGAUUGCCUGAGGUCAGGAGUUCGAGACCAGUCUGGCCACAUGGGGAAACCCCAUCUCUCCUAAAAAAUACAAAAAAAUUAGCUGGACAUGGUGGUUGAGGCAGGAGAAUUGCUUGAACCAGGGAGGUGGAGGUUGCAGUGAGCUGAGAUCGCGCCACUGCACUCCAGCCUAGCGACAGAGCGAGACAACGUCUCAAAAAAAAUAGAACAUAAGCCAGAUUCUAGAUUCCCAAGUCUUGUCUUCUGCCACUGAAAUCACUAAAUGGACAGACUAUAAAAUUAAAAUUCAGAUUGUAACAGUCAGCCACCAGUUGAGUCAAAUAAUUGACCAUAUGUAAAUGAGAAUUAGAAACAAAAGUGCGUUAGUCAAGGAUCUGAUCUGGGAAGCAAGAGCCGGGCAUGGUGGCUCACACCUGUUAUCCUAGCACUUUGGGAGACCUAGGCAGGCAGAUUGCCUGAGCUCAGGAGUUUGAGACCAGCCUGGGCAACAUGGCGAAACCCUGUCAUCUACUAAAACUGCAAAUAUUAGUUAGCUGUAGUGGCACACACCUAUAGUCCCAGCUACUUGGGAGGCGGAGGGAGGAGAAUCGCUUGAACCCAGGAGACAGAGGUUACAGUGAGCUGAGGUUGCACCACUGCACUCCAGCCUGGGCGACAGAGCAAGACCCCAUCUCAAAAAAAAGAUUUCGCAAGCACGAUCCAAAAGAGCAUAAAUGCCACACAAGACCCAGCAGAGGCCGGGCUCAGUGGCUCAUGCCUGUAAUUCCAACACUUUGGGAGGCUUGAGGCAUGCGGAUCACCUGAGGUCAAUUCAAGACCAGCCUGGCCAACACGGUGAAACCCUGUCUCUACUAAAAAUACAAAAAUUAGCCAGUUGUGGUGACACAUGCCUGUAAUCCCAACUACCCCGGAGGCUGAGGCAGGAGAAUCAUUGGAACCCGGGAGGCGAAGGCUGCAGUGAGCCAAGAUCACGCCACUGCACUCCAGCCUGGCAACAGAGCGAGACUCCAUCUUAAAAAAAAAAAAACACCAGAGAAGCCUCUGGAGGUGAGCCAAGGACACAAGAGGUCCAGGUCCUCAGGAAAGCCACUGCCAGGCUUCACAGUCCUCUUGGUUAAUGUCGUUUCUCUUUUACGCAUAAUAUCUCAGUGGAACUUCCAAAUAUAAACUUUGCAAGAAAACAUAAACAGUGUGCUAGCAAUAAAACCACAAUUAGAUACCACCUCACAUCAGUCAGGAUGGCUACUAUUAAAAUGUUAAAAAAAUAACAGGUGCUGGUAAGGUUGCAGAGAAAAAGGAACACUUACACUUUUGGUGGGAGUGUAAAUUAGUUCAGCUAUUGUGGAAAACAGAUCCCUCAAAGACCUAAAAACAGAAAUACCAUUUGACCCAGCAAUCCCAUUACUGGGUAUAUACCCAAAGGAAUGUAAGUCAUUGUGUCAUAAAGCCACAUGUACGUGUAUGUUCUCUGCAGCACUAUUCAUGAUAGCAAAGACGUGGAAUCAACCGAAGGGCCUGUCAGUGGUAGACUGGAUAAAGAAAAUUGGUAUAUAUACACCAUGGAAUACUACACAGCCAUAAAAAAAUAUGAGAUUAUGUCCUUUGCAGGGACAUGUAUGAAGCUGGAAGCCACUAUCCUUAGCAAACUAAUGCAGGAAUGGAAAACUAAAUACCACAUGUUCUCAUUUAUAAGUGGGAGCUAAAUGAUGAGAACACAUGGACACAUACAGACGAGCAACAGACACUGGGGCCUAACAGAAGGUGGAGGGGUAGGAGGAGGGAGAGGAUCAGAAAAAUAAGUAAUGGGUACCAGGCUUAGUACUUGGAUGGGGAAAUAAUCUGUUCAACAAACCCCUGUGACACAAGUUUCCCUACGUAACAAACCUGCACAUGUACCCCUGAACUUAAAAAAUUUUUUAAAAACACCAUUUUGCUAGUAAUUUUGCAGGCACAUUUAUGGGAAGAAAAUAGAAGUUUUCCAGAAACAAAGGCAAAAACAGGAUUUAUAAGGAAGGAGAGAGAGAGAAAAAGAACUACAUGCAAUCUCGAAACUGAAUCUCAUUUACAUAUUUUGGUGGAUAACCUAAUUAGCUUGUGUGUGGCAAAAAAGUCUGAUCAUUCUGUCCUUCAGUAGGCCAACUAGGAAUAUCAAAGAAAAUUCAGUUGGCUUUGGAUUCUUCAGGAAAUACUGAAAGUGUCACUGCAGAGUGUGAGAGACUAAAUCUAUGAAUGUCUUCCAGUGUUCUUUCAUUAGCACCUUUACCUUAUAUUAGGUCAGGCCUGGAAUAUUUCUCUCAUCAGAAUUCUUCAGGUAGAGUUAGGUAUCCAGGUUAAACUUUUUAUCCUCUGUCCUUAAAUUGUGUUUAUAAAACGUUUUAUCUAUCCUUAAAUUGUGGUUACAUUUCAGAAGUUCAUUUUUGUUAAUGAGUAGAAUAUUUAACCUUGGAGCUAUUAUAUUGUUUAUAUUUAAAAUUUUCUUCUCCUUUCAUAUGUUUCCCCCACCCUCCAAUACUAAAAGUUACCCAAAAUAUGCUAAUUUUAUUACCUAAUGCCAGUUAGGUAUUCUGUUCAACUUGGGUAAAUAUUUUAAGCAUCCGGAAUGGACUCAUGAAUCUUAAGGUGGCUUGAUGAUGAAGUCUGACCUGUUGAAUGCAUAAUAAUAUGCCAAAGUUAAAUCCUUCUUUUAUUGAAGAAUCUUUUAUUAGAAUAUGAAAAGCAGUCAGAGCAACUGGAUGUGGAAAAAGAACGUGCUGAUAAUUUUGAGCAUCAUAUUGAAGACCUUACAAGACAAUUAAGAAAUUCGACUUUGCAGUGUGAAAAAAUAAAUUCUGAUAAUGAAGAUCUCCUGGCUCGUAUUGAGACACUACAGUCUAAUGCCAAAUUAUUAGAAGUACAGAUUUUAGAAGUCCAGAGAGCCAAAGCAAUGAUAGACAAAGAAUUAGAAGCUGAAAAACUUCAGAAAGAACAGAAGAUAAAGGAACAUGCCACUACUGUAAAUGAACUUGAAGAACUUCAGGUACAACUUCAAAAGGAAAAGAAACAGCUUCAGAAAACCAUGCAAGAAUUAGAGCUGGUUAAAAAGGAUGCCCAACAGACCACAUUGAUGAAUAUGGAAAUAGCUGAUUAUGAACGUUUGAUGAAAGAACUAAAUCAAAAGUUAACUAAUAAAAACAACAAGAUAGAAGAUUUGGAGCAAGAAAUAAAAAUUCAAAAACAGAAACAAGAAACCCUACAAGAAGAAAUAACUUCAUUACAGUCUUCAGUACAACAAUAUGAAGAAAAAAACACCAAAAUCAAGCAAUUGCUUGUGAAAGCCAAAAAGGAACUGGCAGAUUCAAAGCAAGCAGAAACUGAUCACUUAAUAUUUCAAGCAUCUUUAAAAGGUGAGCUGGAGGCAAGCCAGCAGCAAGUAGAAGUCUAUAAAAUACAGCUGGCUGAAAUAACAUCAGAGAAGCACAAAAUCCACGAGCACCUGAAAACCUCUGCGGAACAGCACCAGUGUAAGCUAAGUGCAUACCAGCAGAGAGUGACAGCACUACAGGAAGAGAGCUGUGCUGCCAAGGCAGAACAAGCUACUAUGACCUCUGAAUUCGAGAGCUACAAAGUCCGAGUUCAUAACGUUCUAAAACAACAGAAAAAUAAAUCUGUGUCUCAGGCUGAAACUGAGGGCGCUAAACAAGAAAGGGAACAUCUGGAAAUGCUGAUUGACCAGCUAAAAAUGAAAUUACAAGAUAGCCAAAAUAACUUACAGAUUAAUGUAUCUGAACUUCAAACAUUGCAGUCUGAACAUGAUACACUGCUAGAAAGGCACAACAAGAUGCUGCAGGAAACUGUCAAAGAGGCGGAACUCCGGGAAAAAUUGUGUUCAAUACAAUCAGAGAACAUGAUGAUGAAAUCUGAACAUACACAGACUGUGAGUCAGCUCACAUCCCAGAACGAGGUCCUUCGAAAUAGCUUCCGAGAUCAAGUGCGACAUUUGCAGGAAGAGCACAGAAAGACAGUGGAGACAUUACAGCAGCGGCUCUCCAAGAUGGAAGCACAGCUCUUCCAGCUUAAGAAUGAACCGACCACAAGAAGCCCAGUUUCCUCUCAACAAUCUUUGAAGAACCUUCGAGAAAGGAGAAACACAGACCUCCCACUUCUAGACAUGCACACUGUAACCCGGGAAGAGGGAGAAGGCAUGGAAACAACUGAUACUGAGUCUGUGUCUUCCACCAGCACAUACACACAGUCUUUAGAGCAGCUGCUUAAUUCUCCCGCAACUAAACUUGAGCCUCCAUUAUGGCAUGCUGAAUUUACCAAAGAAGAGUUGGUUCAGAAGCUCAGUUCCACCACAAAAAGUGCAGAUCACUUAAAUGGCCUGCUUCGGGAAACAGAAGCAACCAAUGCAAUCCUUAUGGAGCAAAUUAAGCUUCUCAAAAGUGAAGUAAGAAGAUUGGAAAGGAAUCAAGAGCGAGAGAAGUCUGCAGCUAACCUGGAAUACUUGAAGAACGUCUUGCUGCAGUUCAUUUUCUUGAAACCAGGUAGUGAAAGAGAGAGACUUCUUCCUGUUAUAAAUACAAUGUUGCAGCUCAGCCCUGAAGAAAAGGGAAAACUUGCUGCGAUUGCUCAAGAUGUAGUGUUGCUCUGUCACCCUGGCUGGAGUGCAGUGGUCCAAUCAUGGCUCACUGCAAUCUCCACCUCCCAGAUUCAAGCGAUUCUCUUGCCUCAGCCUCCCGAGUAGCUGGGACUACAGAUG